AUUGACAUCUGCCAGGAGGUCAUCAAGCAGUCCAAUGUGCAGCUCCUCGUGCCCCCUGCACGCCCCGACAUCAUGCUCUUCCGUCCAGGGGCUGCUGACCUUGGCUUCCCUCUUGACAUGACCAACGGUGCCACUUUGGCGCCCAAUGGCAAUGGCAUUGCUGGCAUGCCCGAAGACGAGGCCACGCGUGCUGCGCUCACUGCUGCGCAGUCCACCCUACCUGUUCUGCAGGGUGUGGACCGCCUGCCCAUGGUGGCAGGACCUCUGUCCCCACCACUGCUGGCCUCACCCUUCCAGAAUGUUGCUGCUAGUGCCCCUACUUUAAGCACCAAGAGGGGCAGAGGGCGUCCCCGUAAAGCCAAUCUCUUGGACUCCAUGAUGUUUGGUACCCCAGGGGGGCUGCGAGAGGCUGGUAUCCUGCCUUGCGGUCUCUGUGGGAAAGUAUUUACAGAUGCUAAUCGUCUUCGUCAGCAUGAGGCUCAACAUGGGGUGACAAGCUUACAGCUGGGCUACAUAGACAUCCCGCCCCCAAGACUGGGUGAAAACGGUGUCCCUGGUCAGGAUGACCCUGAUGCUCCCCGAAAAAGAAGCAGGACGAGGAAACAGGUGGCCUGUGAGAUCUGUGGCAAGAUUUUUCGGGACGUGUACCACCUGAAUCGGCACAAGCUGUCUCACUCUGGCGAGAAGCCUUACUCUUGUCCGGUGUGUGGCUUACGGUUCAAGCGGAAAGACAGGAUGUCCUAUCAUGUUCGAUCUCAUGAUGGCUCUGUGGGAAAGCCCUACAUCUGCCAGAGCUGUGGAAAAGGCUUUUCCAGGCCAGACCACUUGAAUGGACACAUCAAACAGGUGCAUACCUCAGAGAGACCUCACAAAUGUCAG